CAUUAUGACUCACCGACCAGAUCGUUAACAAAUCCUUUGCAGUUUUCUCCAGUUCUGAUCCAUUGAGUUCACCCUUACCUUUUUUUUAAAGCAAACAUUCCAUGACACAGGGCGAUCGCAAUCUCUUGAUCCUGUAUGGGACCGAAACGGGCACAGCCCAGGAUGUUGCUGAGAGAAUUGCUCGAGAAGGGCGCCGAAGACAUUUCCGAACAAGAGUCUUCGCCAUGGACGAGUAUGACAAGUCUAACCUUGUAUCAGAGUCCUUGGUCGUUUUUGUCUGCUCAACAACCGGGCAAGGUGGCCAACCUGCCAACAUGACAAAGUUCUGGCGUUUCCUUCUCCGAAAGUCCCAUUCUCCGACAGUUCUCUCGCACAUGAAGUUUGGCGUCUUUGGCCUAGGCGACUCGUCCUAUAUCAAGUUUAACUUUCCGGCGAAAAAGCUCCAUAAGCGGUUGCUGCAGCUGGGUGCACAGGCUUUAGUGCCUCGGGGUGAUGGGGACGACCAGCACUAUUUGGGCGUCGAUGGAGCACUAGACCCUUGGUUGGAGGAUCUAUGGAAAACCUUAAUGGAUAUUUACCCUCUACCAAAUGGAAUGGAGAUUGUGUCGGCAGACGUCCUGCCCGAGGCCACUUUUGCAGUCAGGUUUCUGGAGGAUGGGGAACAAGUUUCUGCGCUGGAUUUGGCUGAUGUGGACGACAAGCCAGCAAAGGUCAUUGUGAAUAGGAGAGUCACGGCGGAAGAUCACUUUCAAGAAGUGCGGCAUUUCGAAUUUGACAUUGAGAAUGAUGCUACAUACUCUGCCGGCGACGUUAUGGUCAUCCGCCCUCGAAAUCUGCCUGAUGAGAUCCAAACGGUCAUAAACCAUUUUGGAUGGCAGGAUAUUGCGGACAAGCCCUUUGCACUGAUUCCAAAUCAUGCAGACAACAGAGUGCCUUUGCACUGGGGUAAAACUCACACGAUCCGCCACCUCUUCGAACAUCACCUGGACAUUUUUGGUCGACCUCGCCGAUACUUUUUUGAACUUUUGUCAUUUUUCACAACUGAUCCGCUGCACUCUGAGAAGCUCCGAGAGAUGGCUUCACCGUCGGGUCAAGAUGAGCUAUAUUCAUACGCUUACAGACCCAAACGGACCAUGUUUGAGAUCUUGCAGGAUUUCCAUUCUGCCAAGAUACCGCUGAGAUAUCUCCUGGACCUCAUCCCAGAAAUGAGGCCGAGAUCAUUUUCCAUCUCUUCGUCUCCAAUAGCAUGCCCGCACAAAAUCCAUCUGACCGUCGCCAUCAUUCAAUACAAGACUAAACUCAAAACUCCACGAACUGGCGUUUGCACAAAAUGGAUGCGAACCCUUCAACCUGGGGACAUUGUGCCAUUUCGAAUUAAGCGCGGAACUAUGAAGCUACCACCGAUUGAGGCACCUCUUCUGAUGGUUGGACCGGGAACAGGUGUGGCACCGAUGCGAUCGUUUUUGCAAGAAAGGAUCCAAUUCAAUGCAAGAGAUAACACACUGUUCUUUGGCUGUCGAUAUCGCGAAAAGGACUACAUAUAUCAAUCGGAAUUUGAACAGUAUGAGAAAGAUGGUAGCCUGAGCCUUGUAGCUGCUUUCUCAAGAGAUCAGGAGGAUAAAAUAUAUGUCCAACAUCGCAUAAAAGAGCACAGUGCUCUGGUCUACCAAAAGGUGUUCAAUCAAAAUGGAUACGUCCUCUUGUCAGGAAAUGCCCUCCGAAUGCCCAUUGACGUCGCGGACGCUUUGGCCGAGUGCUUGGUAAUUGAAGGUGGAAUGGAACGGCAACAAGCUGAAAAGUUUGUAAAGGAUUUAGAAAAGGAGGGCAGAUUUCAACAGGAAUGUUGGUCGUAACCAUUGUAUUUAUUUGGGUUUGGCUUAGAUGAGGUGCUUAGAGUCUUUCGGCUUCCAGCCGUUAUGGAAUGCAACCCAUGGUGAUUGUUUGAUGCUACUCGCACUGU